GGCAACAUUGGCUCAGGAAGCAGAAAGGUGGUUGACCGCCCUUAUCUUCCGGCCCCUACUCCUGAUGGGGCGGUGAUGAUGGGAGAUCUCCUUUCCCUGCCAAGUGAGUGCCAGGCUUCUUGGUGGUACAAUCCUCAAGGCGUUGGACCCCCUGCGGCAUUCAAGGGUUUGGAACAGGUGGGUGCAAUCCAGACAGAAAGUGGUAUGUGCAAUUUGGGUAAGAUAAGCAAGUGAAGCUCUAUCCAAAGCUUGAGUUCCCACCAGGUUCUUGGGAUGCCCACAUUCCUUUGACCAAGAAGAGCAAGUGCAGCAAACAGGACCAAGGAUGAAAAUCCAUUGGUGUGUGAUGCUUCUGGAAGUAAGCAAGCUAACCGGCUGAGUCACCGUCACUGCUGGGAUUCCAACACAGCCCUUUCAGCCCCUUGCCUCAUCCUUCACUUGAGGAAGUGCCAAGAAGGAAAUGCCUGGAAGCAGAAAGCUUUCCUGAAGGUCUGCACUCCAUGCUCCAGGCCCUUGGCCCAAAGGUCAGCAACAGCACAACAGGAAGCCGAGCCGGGCUGCCUCCGAGGGCUAGGAAACUACGCAGCGAGUGCUCCAGAGCACAUCCAACAGGACGGAGUCCUCUGGCCGGCAGCCGCCACCCUUGCGUGUCCCAGCGUGGAAAGCCGCCUUCAAUGGACGCCCGACAGGAUCCAGAGAUCUGCUACUGUCCCCGGGCAGGAAGAUGCUGUGACCAAGCGGUCACCUUGGCAUGGAGUUGAACCGACUGUUUCUCCUGACUAUCUUCCUGCUCCACAUAAAACUUUCCAGAAUGAUUCCCACACGGCUGGUAUGCGACAGGCGGCUAAUCCAGAAGUACAUCAGUGAUAGCAUGGAACUGGAGAACCAAGUGAACCAAUGUGAUGAGCUUCCUUUACUCCAGCAGCCAGUGCUUUUGCCCCUGGUGGGCUUCAGCCUCCGGGAAUGGAUGGCAAAAACAAAUCAAGUCAAGGGCCAAGAAGUCCUCCGUGACCUCCUUACACUGGUGGAUGGCAUAGCUGCAACCCAGCAAGAACUGAAGCAACCCUGUCCUUCUGUAUUACUUCAGCAGCUUUAUGGGAAAGCCAGCUUCUUUGUGCCGCAUCUACAAAGUUAUGGGUCACAGGAACCAGAAGCGACAAGGCAGCCCGAAGGAACCCCUGAGCUAACCUCCGAGACGAACCUCAGGAUGAUCUUCCAGACCUACAGACAGCUCCUGCAAGGAAAGCUCCACUUCUUCUUCAAUGACCUGAGGAAAGAGUCCUCUUGUGGGGUGGAUCGUCAUGCUCGGUCCAGCGAGUAAGUUCAGCAUCCUUCCAGUUGGGCCACUUCAAGGAACCAGCAGUGAGAGACCCUGCAGGCUCCAGGUCUAUGCUGUUUGGAGAAAGGCAACACGAAUGGCUGACCCUUUGGUGGCCAAGAGAGGAAGAGCGGUGCUUCCCAGACCUUUGGAGUCAUGGCUUGGGGCACAAUGCUAGAGGUGAAGAGAGGAAUACCAGAGAAGUCUGAGCCCUCCUCAAUAAAUAACAGCUGCAAGAUAAAGGAAUCUCAUAGUCAGUCCAGCUCGCAAAAGGACCUGCUCUUAGCUCCAUUUUUUACUUGGGCUGAAAUUUUAGCUCCUCUGAUGCACUAUAUGGUGCAAAAGUGGGCAGGAAGGAAGUGGCAAUGGCCAUUCUCAGGAAAGCACUUCUUACUACAGGAUUCUGGGCUUUCUAUGUAAUCACUCAUGCUGGAUGCUGCUUAGUGUCAUUUCCCUGCAAGAAGUCCUUACCAAUGGAUCGCUAUGUUCUUUAAAGAUAUAUUGCUCGCAAGACAAGAAAACUGAGACACAAGAACAUCUACCAGUGCAUUUCAGCUUGUCAAUAAGCCCUGGAUACUUUGAACUGGUUCGGAUUCCAUUGAAGAAACCAAUAGGGGCCACAUUUUGGUAGGUAAUACAUUAUGAAACUGUAAUAAAUUUUAGA